UUUACUAGUUCAGAUUUCAAGAAAAAAGAUCAUGAGUAGGGAAGGAGAUUGGAUGUGUUCUGCAUGCCAGCACCUAAAUUUCAAGAAACGAGAUGCAUGUAAACGAUGCAGCUGUCCUAAAUACGCAACACCGGCUGAUGUUGCUAUGUAUGGACUAAGCAAAACAGAUGUUCUUGCUGGAGAUUGGUAUUGCAGUGCCAUGAAUUGUGGUUCUCACAACUAUGCAAGCAGAACAAGCUGUUAUCGAUGCGCUUCCUUAAAAAGUGAUUAUUAUGGUAUUGGGGUAGGAAUGAUGGCACCAGCAGGUUAUGGAUAUGAUGCAAGUUCUAUUCCUGGUUGGAAAAGUGGUGAUUGGAUUUGCAGCAGAUUAGGAUGUGGUAUGCACAACUAUUCCAGUAGAGCUGAAUGUUAUAAAUGCAAGACACCUAGAGAUUUUGGAGGUGAUCUGAGAGAAAGUGAGUUAUAUUGAGGGCCGCGGCAAUAUGAAGUUUGUUUCUUUAGAUUAGUUUCUCAAAGAAGGGUUUAAUUUCUAACUGCAUUGUAACUGUGCAAGUGUUCUAAUGA